UUAGUUUAAGUUCAUAUUUCGUUGAUUAAAGUACUUUUAAUAGUACUACGCUAGACGUAAUUAGCCAAGUGAAGUGAAAUUUAAAAAAAAAAUAUAUUUUAUUAAAUCAAAUCCUGGUUGAGUGAACAAAAAAAAAAUAAAACAUAGUACAACAAACAAAUAUUAAAAUUAAAAUGGUGAUUGAAGAAUGGAAGAAAUGUAGCAUUGCUACAAAAUUUCCUACAUAUAGAAAUUCAAGUUUAGUGACUACUAAAAGUUGGUUGGACGGAAAACGCCAGGAUGAUGAGGCCGAAGGUCUUUGGCGUAUUUAUGAUUCCUUGUAUGAUUUUACUGACUUUAUUGAUAAACAUCCGGGUGGUACAUUUUGGAUACGAGAAACGAAAGGACUUGACAUAACCGAAGCAUUCGAAGCGCAUCACUUGACAACGACACCUGCUAAAAUGAUCGAAAAGUAUAAAGUACGCGAGGCCUCGAAACCUAGAAUAUACACUCUGACAUUGCAUGAAGAUGGUUUCUAUAAGACGCUGAAGAAAAGAGUUGCACAGAAAUUGAAAACAAUUGACAACAAACCAAAAAAAACAUCAGAUGCCAUCCAUUUAGGUUUACUCUUAAGUACUUUUAUUUUCACCAUGGCCAGUGCUAAAUUCGACAGUUUGCUAUGCAUGGCAUUGGCCGGUGCAGCUCUAGUGUGGACCACUGUUUCAUCUCACAACUACUUUCAUAAACGAGACAAUUGGCAAAUGUACGCCUUCAAUUUGAGUAUGUUGAAUUUUACAUCGUGGCGUAUAUCGCACGCUUUGUCGCAUCAUAUCUAUCCAAAUUCCUAUAUCGACCUGGAACUAUCAAUGUUUGAACCGUUGUUGUGUUGGGUUCCGAAUCCAUACAUAAAAAGUAAAAUGAUGCGCUAUGUGUCCUGGGUAACUGAGCCGAUAUCAUAUGCGAUCGCAUUUUCCCUUCAAAUGCUAACCAGAAUCUUUUACUCUCUGAGUAAAAGUAAUUGCAUGUACUGGCACGAUGUGAUCUGUCUUUCUCUGCCCUUAUCAAUGUAUUUAUGUUCGAGUUGCUCCAUUUUCUGGUGUUUGCGUCAAUGGAUCUAUAUUACAGGGCUGGCAAGCUUUGCAUUUUGUGUAAUUGGCUUGAAUGCGGCUCAUCAUGAUCCGGAAAUCUAUCAUGAAGGUGACACCAAUCGGGAAGAUCGUGAUUGGGGUCUCUAUCAAGUCGACACUAUAAUCGAUCGUGGUGAUAUUAAAGGCUCUCAGUUCUUAGUUUUAACACACUUUGGUGAUCAUGCACUGCAUCAUUUAUUCCCCACAUUAGAUCACGGCAUUUUGCCUCAAUUGUAUCCCAUUCUCUACGAGACUUUGGAAGAAUUUAAAGGCGAAUUAAGAGAAUGUACUCAUUUGGAACAUAUAAUUGGUCAACACAAGCAAUUGCUAAGAACUGAAACUAAUCCAAAGGCACCCGGUUCCAAAUAAAUGUAAAUAAAUAACACAUUUUGUUUGAUUAUAUGAUAAUUUACUUAAGUUAACGAAUAUAAUAAGGCGUUAAAAAAGGAAACGCGUUAAAGUACGGUUUUUACACUCAAUAACAAUGUUUUUAUAUUAAAUACUAUGAAAUUGGACAAUUAGUGCGUAAAUAAAUGGGAUUAUUCUUCUCCGAAGACAUUUAA